ACAGCCGCUGAGCUGCAGUCAUCAGUGACUCGCUCCAUCAUCAUCGGCUUUAACUGGAGUAAACAUUUACUGCGAUUAAAAGACAUCGACUCUUACUAGGUCAAAGUGACGUUUACUGGCCGGUUUAUCUCUUCUACACCCGAAUAACAGCGUUUUUCACCAAGCGUCAGAAAAAGGAUCAACAAACAUGUUCUACACCUGUGGUCCUAAUGAAGCCAUGGUGGUGUCAGGUUUCUGUCGUUCUCCUCCGGUGAUGAUCGCUGGAGGCCGAGUGUUUGUCUUCCCGUGCAUUCAGCAGAUACAGAGGAUUUCUCUGAACACGCUGACUCUGAAUGUGAAGAGUGAUAAGGUUUACACCCGCCAUGGGGUUCCCAUCUCUGUUACUGGCAUCGCUCAGAUGAAGAUCCAGGGCCAGAACAAGCAGAUGCUGGCUGCAGCCUGUCAGAUGUUCAUGGGCAAGUCUGAGGCUGAAAUCGCUCACAUCGCCCUGGAGACGCUGGAGGGACACCAGCGGGCCAUCAUCGCCCACCUGACUGUAGAGGAGAUCUACAAGGACAGGAAGAAGUUCUCAGAGCAGGUUUUUAAGGUGGCCUCCUCCGAUCUGGUCAACAUGGGGAUCAGCGUGGUCAGCUACACUCUGAAGGAUGUCCACGAUGAUCAGGAUUAUCUGCACUCGCUGGGAAAAGCUCGGACCGCCCAGGUCCAGAAGGACGCUCGCAUCGGAGAGGCUCUGAACAAGAGAGACGCAGUGAUCAGGGAAGCCCACGCUAUGCAGGAGAAAAUCUCGGCUCAGUACAGGAACGAGAUCGACAUGGCGAAGGCCCAACGAGACUACGAGCUGAAGAAGGCGGCCUACGACAUCGAAGUGAACACCAAGAAGGCGGAGUCAGAGAUGGCUUUUCAGCUGCAGGUUGCAAAGACGAAGCAGCGCAUUGAAGAGGAGAAGAUGCAGGUCCAGGUGGUGGAGCGCGCGCAGCAGAUCAUGCUGCAGGAGCAGGAGAUCACCCGCAGGGAGAAGGAGCUGGAGGCCAAGGUGAAGAAACCUGCCGAGGCCGAGCGGUACCGCCUGGAGAAACUGGCAGAGGCGCAGCGAAUGAAGAUGAUCAUGGAGGCAGAGGCUGAAGCUGAGUCUAUUAGAGUUAAAGGUGAGGCUGAGGCGUUUGCGGUCGAGGCGAAAGGUCGCGCUGAGGCAGAGCAGAUGGCGAAGAAGGCCGAAGCUUUCAGGGAGUAUAAGGAUGGAGCCAUGGUGGACAUGCUGCUGGAGAAACUGCCUCUGAUGGCAGAAGAGAUCAGCAGGCCUCUGUGCGAAGCCAACAAAGUGACCAUGGUGUCCAGUGGAGGAGGAGAAGUGGGUGCAGCCAAGCUGUCAGGGGAGGUUCUGGAAAUCAUGACCCGCCUCCCCGAAGCCGUGGAGAAGCUGACCGGAGUCAACAUCUCCCAGGUGACUUCUCGAACAGGCUGAAGGGAAUCAGACCAAUGAGCUUCUUGGUAGAGCUGUUCUCCGUCUGUCUUGAUUCCCUCCAUCGUAAUGUCUGCUUCCUCACCUCUGACCUUCUGUGUCGUUGUUUCCCUCCGGUUGUUUGUUGAUGUUGUUCAUUAUCUGAGUUAAAUAUUUAAACUCCUGGUAUCACAGUUACAGCAAAAGUCUUAAAGUACCUUUCACUUCUUCACAUCUUUCUUCCAAGGUGCCAGACCGUUUUUGUGUCUGUUUCUAGCAGCAUAAUUAACUUUAUUUUGUUUUUAAAAAAUGUUUUCAUAAGUUAAAGGCUUUAUGUGUUUUGCAAAAUGGUGCAAUGUUCAAAAUGACUAAAACUAAUUAUUUGCUAGCUUAUCCCAUCUGCUUUAAUCCCAGAAUAAUUUAUUGUUCAGAAUUGUUCAGUGAUCUAGAAAAGGAAAAACUUUCAUCUGAAAAUGUUUAAAUAUUGGACUGAAAAUGAAUGUUAAAGUCGGUUUGCCUGGAAAUAAAACCCACAAAAAUGAAAGGCGACUCAAACUUUUGCGCAGAAUAUUACCGUUUUAAUUUCACAUGAAUGGUGUUACUGUAUUUCUUACUAUAUAAAUAUUUCCCAUCCAAAUAUGCAGGCUUCAUUAUCUUCAGUGUCACUACUUACUGUAAUAAUAAUAGAUUUAAUGCAUCUUAUUAAUUUUAGAAAUGUCCUCCCUGAUAGAUUAGAUCAUAUUCAAUGUGUAGCUAAUGAUGUUUGUACGUGUUUUCAUGCCUCCCUCUGUGUUUACCUCCAACAUCUCUGACACUGCCAGUGUCCGCUGCCUUGCUGCCAAACCUCAAGUGCAUCUUAGCAUGACCAUCUAAUACUAACAGAAAACAUUAUUACAUUAAUAUUUUUCAUAACCUGUUUCUGACAGUCUGACAAUGAUUUUUUUUUUACACAUUUUAGUUUUUUAAACAGCGUAAAGUAUUUAUAUGUAAAAUUAGUUUUUUGUGUUUUCUGCACUUCAUUUCUUUAAUUUUCAAGCAUGAUUUGUAGGAGAGAUUAGCUUAAAAGGAAAACCGGUAAUUGCACUGAAAACAUGUAUCGAUCAAAUGGGUUGAUGUUUUUUACUUGACAAUCUUAAGCUUUCAGCAAGUCUCGGGUUUGACAAAGUUAGCCUAAAAAUGUUUAAUCUUAGCCUAAUGGCUGUAGGUUCCUAUUGGGAUUUUUGGGUAAACUUCUAAAACAGCUUUCAAACAGAUGGAUCCUAGAGAAAAAUAUAACAUUGUAAAAUUAACUGUAUUUUAAAUUAGCAGAGAUCUGAAUCCCAGACUCUGAACAACAGGAGAAAAAAACUGAAAAAUGUGGUCCAGAUGUGAUGGACGUUAUGAAAAUUAAUUGGUUCCUUUAAUGAUUCUGUAACAUACAAUAUGUUUAAUAGUUUUCUCAGGAUGGUUGCAUGCAUAUUUUUAAAAAUACCUUCAAAUUCAAAAAUCCCAAAGGGGGUAUUAAAUCUUAUUGUUUUAAUGCAUCUAUAUCUUGAAAACAAAUCAUCACUUUAAUCACAAAAAAAUAUCCUAACAUGCCUUAAAUCAUAAACGUGUCUCUCUGUCAGCCUCUACCUCAAGUGUUGGACCGGUUGCAUGAAACACUAUUGGUUUAUGAUUUCACUGCUUCACAGGUCAGCUUAGCAUGUGAAGUUGCUUCUAGCACUACUUAUUGUACAGUAAUUAUUUGUAUUUGUGUCAUUUAUGUAUCAUUUAUGGAGCUGUAGGUAAAAUGUAUUCCAAGAGUUGCCGCCUCUUCUCUUUCCCCUCUGACCCUGCUGCUUCUUUAGUCGUGUAUAAACUCUGCACUGCUGGUUACACUGCAGCCAUAUGUUCUGAAAUGGCUUUUAAGUGGUAUAAUUUAUGUAUCUGAAGACAACCACUGCUGUUUUUGUGCAUGCAUCACCACCUAUUACACUUGAAUUGUACUGUGUUCUUAGAGCAGGCGACUGUCACCAUGGAAAUGUUCAUCUACUUUGUUCACAAUUGAGUCAUAUAGAAGAGACAUGACAUGUGGAGUAUAUGUAAUUUAUGCAGAAUAUAUUUGAUAAAACAGUGUCCAUGUAGCAUUGUCUGUUUCACGGGUUGACUGUAGAUUACUUUACUAACCUUAACAAAGAUAAGCUCUAUGAUUAUAAAUGUAUUAAAUCUAUAUUGAGUUUAUUAAAGUUCUCUUGUACAUUAAGCUCUGACAGUGUUGAUAUUAACACCUUGGUGAAUAUUAUCACUGUUGGGGCAUUGUUUGUGUUUUAAUAAAAUAUACUGUUCUGUAUCCAAUAUGCUUAAUAAAUUUCCAAAGGGAAUCAGUCAAGUCUGCAGU